AAACGUCUCUCUUGACCGGCUCCCUCCUCUACGCGCGCACACCAUAGCCCUUAUCAGUUUAGGGUUUAGGGAAAUCCGAUUUUCUGCAUAAUGGAAGAUAAAGAACAAAGACAGAACCUUGAAUCCAAGGAGAAAAUCAUUCAAAUUUUUUCAGAUUUCAUGACAAGGAUCACAAUGUUUGAAGAACUAGUCGACGUCGGAAGCAAAUUACUCGUCGGCUUUCAGCAAGCACUCGGUUUUUUGGGUAGGCCUCGAAUUGAUAAGACUUCUGAUUUGGCAAUGCGCAUUAUCAAAGCUCAAGAGACCAAAAGGCUUAAUGCCUAUGUUGAGGCUGGAUGUGUGAAAACUGAUGACAGUAUACAAAAUUUAAACAAGUUGAAUACGUGCCAUCUCGGACUUCAAGACCAUAUAAAUAAAGCAAGAGGUGUUGUCGGUGAACUUGAAUGCCUUCUUGAUGAUGCAGCGGGCGCAAUCCAGUCUACAAAUGAGAAUUGGCCACUUUUGCAAGAUGAGCAUGUUAAUGGAAACAUGGAUUCCUUUCUGGCUAAGUAUGAGAAAGAGGGAAAACCAUCAUUAGAUCUCUCAAAACCCGAAGGUACUGAUUAUGCUGCAAUGAUGGCUGUUGUAUACAGUAUGCUGAAACAAGAGUACAUAAUGCAGGAACGGAUCGUUGGCUCGCUUACUCUGAAGUCGUCCCCUGAAGAAUUGGAGAGCUAUUGCCUGAUGUGGUCGUUGCGGCCUUUUGUAGAUGAUGACAUCAUGCUUGAAGCUUGGAGUCUUGUCCCGUGACUUUCGGUAAUUUUUGUUUCCUUCAUCCCCUAUAUUGCUGUGUGGAAUUCCAGUUGCAACUUGCAGCAUAUCAAAAUAUCUGCAAUUUAAUUUUUGCUUAGCCUUACUUUUUACCAUUUCAUUUCCGUCUUCUCUACGUGCCAUUCUGGUCGUGUGAAGGAGAUGCCAUAUGUAUUUGGUUGCUUCAAUCCUCGGGAUGGCUUUUAUCACUCUUUGUCACUUGUCAGUUCGAAGCUCAACUCGGACUGAGGAAAAAGGAAGGGAAAAAGAUUUAUGGAGCAGGCGACGGAAGGAUAAGAAAGGCAACUGUUAUAUAGAAGAAUCAAGAAAAUGGGGGGACUAAUACAUCAUUUUGAAAAGAUAACAUGUUUGACACAUUGCUCUAAAUACUGUAAUUGACAAGAAUUUCACUUUUUAUUCCUUUUUAAUAAUUUAUCCAAGUUUGUGUGUAACAAACUGUUACUCUCUACUUCAAUAGCCAUAACCAGGGCCAGGCUGUCCAUGAUGGCACCUCAAGUUA